GAGCAAAUGGAGGAACGAGAAAUUGUGGACAUUUUGGAAACGUUUUUUCUAAACCAUAACCAAUUGUUACGAUUGUUCAAGACUCUUUCUAACAGACUGGAAUACGACAACUACGUCAUUGUUAUUAAAGCAGACAAAGUGCCCCAUGGAGAGCACGCAGGCACAUAUAAUGUUCCAACUCUUAAUGAAGUUGCAGUUGUUAUGGCUGGUGAUCCAUGUGAACGUCGAGAUAUUCGCAUACAACGCAGAGAUAACACGAUGCAAAUAAUUCAAGACAAUCAUCGUUCUUAUGAUGCACUGCAAUAUCCAUUGAUAUUUUGGGAAGGAGAAGAUGGAUAUCAUUUAAAUAUUAAACAACGGAAUCCAACUACAGGUGAAGAACUGAUCAAGAAAGUUAGUGCGAUGAACUUCUACGCAUACCGGUUGAUGAUUCGUGCUAAUGAAGAAAAUCACAUUCUCCGAUGCAGACAGCUAUUUCAUCAGUAUGUAGUCGAUAUGUAUGUUAAAAUCGAAAGUGAGAGGUUACGGUAUAUAAAAUUUAAUCAAGUAAAACUUCGUUCUGAGGAAUACAUUCAUUUACGUGAUGCUGUAAUCGGUAACGUAGAUGCAACGAAUGAUAUAAACAACAUCGGUACCGCAUAUAUUCUUCCAUCAUCAUACAUUGGUAGUCCGCGUCAUAUGCAAGAAUAUAUUCAAGACGCCAUGACUUACGUACGUGCAUACGGCCGACCAGAUCUUUUUAUCACAUUUACGUGUAAUCCAAACUGGGAUGAAAUUAACAUUUUACUGUUGUCAGGUCAAACAACAAUGCAUCGCCAUGAUAUUACUGCACGUGUGUUCAAACAAAAAUUAAAAUCUUUGAUGAAUUUGAUUACACAUCACUCGGUAUUUGGUGAAACACUAUGUUGGCUUUACUCUGUUGAAUGGCAAAAACGAGGUUUACCUCAUGCGCAUAUUUUGAUUUGGUUAGUGGAUAAAGUAUGCCCACAAGAAAUUGACAAAAUUAUUUCAGCGGAGAUUCCGGAUCAGAAUUUUGAUAAAGAAUUAUUUAACAUUGUUACUACUAAUAUGAUCCAUGGUCUAUGUGACAAACAUUACCCGUCAUUCCACGUGCGACAUAUGCGGACGAAAUAA